GCCCCGUCAGAGCCAGGGCCCGGCUGGCUGAAAGCUGGUGUGCAUCGUCAGGCCGUCCUAUUCUCAGCAAUGCUGGUGUGGUUGCAGACCCAGUGACUCGUCAAGUUACAGACAUGUGCAGUUUUUUGCAGCUAAUAAACGGAGAAGAAAGCACUGAUUUCCCUGGUUACCUAGGUGUUUCAGGGAGGGAGCUUGAGGCAGUGAAAGGGAGCAGGGAGUCUAAAGGAUCAGGGGGCCAGAGUCUUGAUAAUCUCAUCCAAGUGACCCCUGAAGUUAACAGAAGUAACCCAAGUUCCAAAGACCUGGAUAACCUCAUCAAAGUGAACCCAAGAACUGGGAAAAGUGCGCAAGGGGACCAAAGUCUUGACAAUGUCAUCAAAGUGACUCCGGAAACAAACAAAACUAACCAAGGCAGUGAACAAGGUCUUGAUAAACUUAUUAAUGUAAGCCCCAAAGCUGUCAAAAACACCGCUAGAAAUCAAGAUCUUGAUAAGCUCAUCAAAGUGAAUCCUGAAAUUCUCCUCAACAAUCAAAGAAACCAGGAUCUUGAUAACCUCAUCAAAGUGAAUCCUGCAGUAAUCAGAAGCAAUCAAAGCCAAGCUUUAGACAAUCUCAUUCAAGUGAAACCUUCAGCACUCAGAAAUACUAAGCGAGACCAGAACCUCGAAAAUUUAAUUGACCUAAAUUCCAAUGUGUCUAAGAAUAAGAAUGAAAGGCAAGAUGGCCAGGUCACUGGAUCCACUGAGGCUUUAAUCAGCCCAUCCUCUAGAACAGCUGCCUAUUCUCGUGAAGCCAGGAAGACGCUCAGCUCCAAUGCUGAAACCAGGCAUGCAGGACCAAAGGAUACAGUUGUGUACACAAGGACGUACAUGGAGAAUAGCAAAUCACCCAAGGAUGGAUAUCAGGAGACUGUCUCUGGAAAAUACAUACAAACUGUUUAUUCAACUUCAGAUAGGUCUGUCAUUGAGAGAGACAUGUGCACUUACUGUAGAAAACCCCUGGGCACGGAAACCAAGAUGAUUUUAGAUGAAUUACAAAUUUGCUGCCAUUCGACUUGCUUCAAGUGUGAAAUAUGCAAACAACCUUUGGAAAACCUACAAGCAGGUGACAGUAUUUGGAUUUACAGACAGACAAUACAUUGUGAAUCUUGCUACUCUAAAGUUGUAGCCAAGUGGAUUCAGUAAUUCUGGCACAUGAAAAUCAAGAGGAAAGGAUUCAUCGAGGAAUUAAAAUUUUUAUUAUAAGAACAUGUAGUCUAAAAAAGCUUUAUACCAAUGACUGACUCUUUGUAUAACAAUUCUGCUAUUGCAUAAAUAAUAUAAUUGCUUAUACUAAGGUCACAUACAUAACAGGAACCAUCUGGUAUCUGGUUAGAUUUAGAGAUAAAAAUUCAAGUAGUCUAGUUACCAGCAUCAAAGGAAGGAUGUUUCUGAUGGCAGUGAGCAUUGUCAGCCUUGACCAGGUCCAUCUCUGCUCAGUAUUAGGUUGUGCAUCAUGGUUUCCAUUAGAGACUAGGAUUGCCAAUUUCUCAUUUUCUGUUUCCCUAGGGAUUUGGAUUUACAGAUGUUACUGACAUCUUGACAAAACUAUCAAGCAAGCAAGAUAUGUACAUUUCUUAUGUGCAAAAGAAAUGUUCAUAGAAAUUUUGGCAGAAAGAUAAAAGUCUGGCAGAAAGGUGAUAGUGUAUAAUGGUGUAUAGACCUCAGAAAAUCACUUAAACUAUUCAGAUUUUGGUGCUAUUAUCUGUAACAUGAGGAGAAAUGGAGAAAAUAAUUUCUGAGGUCACUUUCUGCUCCAAAACUCUCAGAUUCUAAAGCAAGUUUUUGUUUGAUCUUUAGAAUGAUACCUGAAUCUGUGUUUGUUAAGCAUGUGGAACUAGAUAGGAUAUCUAAACAAUUUAAUGUUGGUGUCAUCCUUUAGUUUAUUACAGAUAUAAGCUUUAUAGAACAUGUUUUAUAAAUACAAAGACAUGCAUUUAUUGGUAAUGGGUAAAAAUCAUAUGGUAUGUAUAGCUUACAUAUUAUAAUUUGUUAUGCUUUCUUUUCAAAAUCUGGAUAUGUAAAUGAUCUAUGAGAAAUAAUGGCAAUGGACUAAAAGACAUGUUCCUUAGCAUGCCAAACCUAUUCCUACUACAUAGCACUUUAUAUUUACAGAUGGCUUAUAAAAAUAAAAUGAACUGUCAGUUACACAGAAUCCUCUUGUGCGGCAUCUAUAAAUGACAUUGAUACAGUCAAGUAUAGUGAUCGUAAUUUAUUGUAUUCUGUGCUAUGCUACUUAACUUUUGUCUUCUUAAGCCAUAACAUUGAUUUUUAAAGAGCUUUUUCUUAAGGAAUUGAAAAGUCAGUAAUCUUGUGUGGAAUUAUUAAAAUUGAGACAUUGCACUUAUAAACUAUUUUAUAUGCAUAUAGGAACUGCUUCUCAAAGGAAAGCAUAUGGAACAUUGAGAGAGGGUGAGAUUCUAAGGGAGUUUAAGGCAGUUAUAUAAAACUGACAGACUAAGGAGAUCAAAAAGAUAAUCAUGUAUUUUCUAACUGUUGCUAAAUGUAAAGAAUGAUUCUUCCGUAUAAUGAUUUCAAGCUUCUGUUCCUCUUAGACACUGGUCCACAAAGUGUUAAACACUAAAUGCUUAUCAAAACACAGCAAUGUGUAAUCUCUGUCCUAUGGAGAGGAAGCCAGAAAAAACAAUUAAUAAUAAUUUGAUACUCAUUAAUUCAUGCUUGAUGAGAAGUGGUGGUAAUUGAGCCAUAUGUUUUAUUGUUCUCUUAUUACAUGCUAUCAGAGUGGAUCAAAAGAAAUAAUUUUCUUAGAGUUGAAAUUCGUGGCAGGAAAGGAUGAGGAGAAUAGUAGCCCUCUCUUUUAUAGAAAGUGUAUUAACAUCUCAAUGCCUUUGUAGUAAUUAAAAAUCAUUUGAAUAUCAUUUUUAAAGGACUCUACUGUUGAAUGCUUCACUUCAAAAAAAAAAAAAAACCUAAAAGGGGCAUAAUUCUCACUUUUCUGUAGCUGUUUAAUGGACCCUUUCUUCUACAAUAAUGUAUUAAAUUAAACCAAAAGCUGCUGUAAAAAUAGAGUAGAUACAGAGUGAAGAGAAAAGGGCUUCUGAUUUUAUCAAGUCCGCUUCAUUAUGUCUGGGAUUAUUUGCACCAUAGGAAUGACAGAUUUCUAAAACAAUUUGUAAGAUCUCAUUUUUAUUUGCAACGAAUUAUGUUAUGAUUGGCAUAUUUUUCCUGGACACAAGUGCCUACAUCUCAGAAUACCAGGUCCUGGAUUCUAUUACUAAUUAAAGGAUGUCUCUAAAAAAUAAUUAAUUGCUCCACUAUGACAGCAUUCUUCUGAAAAACAACAUAAAAUUUAUCUAGUAAUCUUGGAGAUAAAAUCUGUUAAAAUCUUUCUUUUUCUUUUAUUAAGGCCAAGAAAUAAAAAUUUAUUCAGGAAGUAA